AUGCCUAGUUCUGAAACUCAAUGGAGAUAUUUAACAGGUGUCGGAAAUUCAAAACGAUUAAAGCUUCAAUUAGGGGAAUAUCCAUUUCAAUUACUAUGUGAGAUAGCAAAAUAUGGCCGGGAUGGUAUUUAUGCACCGGAUUUAUGUAAGGCUACAGGCCAAGACCCAAGGUCUUUGACUUUAAGAUUACGAAAAUUGGAAGAAUUGGGUUUUAUCAUAAAGAAAAAUGUCUAUAAUGAAAAAUCUAGUCAACAUACGAGCUUAUGUAUUCAUAAGAAAUUCAGUGAAGAUGAAAUUGAAUCUGCUCCUUCUGAUUUCGGGGAAGAUUUCGAUAGUUCAAGAAAUGUUAGUAAAUUAAAACAAUUCAUCAUGCAAUCAUUAAAGAAUGCGCCUAAUAAGCUAAGAGGAUUUAAGGAUUUGAAAAGUGAACUAAAGUUGGAUAAUGGAAGGUCAUCAGGAAAGUUUUUUAGAAGUAUUAUCGAAUAUCUCCACAAGCGUGGGUAUGCAGAAAGGUUAAUGGUUAAAGACCCAAAUCAGACACAGCUAGUUUAUUGCAUCAAGUAUAUUAAAGAUAUUCCUAAAGAUGCAGAUGAAAUUUCUGAUUACGUCGAUUUCUUUAACGAGCUUGAUGACAAUCCAAACCAAGAAGAUGACGACUAUGAAAACGACGCAAUUCCGACUUUUAAUACAAUAUUUCCUUUAUCAAACCAAUUAUAUCAGAGUAUUUUGAGUACAGAAAACAAUGGAGCCACAUCAAUGGAAUUAAUACGGAAUUUGACAGGUUUAUCAGAUUAUCGUCCGAUUAUAAAGCUAUUGGAUUCUUUAACCAGUUAUGUAAUUGAUAAUGGAAAACCAAAGGCUUUGAAAAAUUAUAGCGAUGCUUAUAACAAAACAGCUAUAAUAAGAGCAUACGAUUUUGAAGGAAAGUUUAAGUUCUAUAGAUAUUUCAGUACGCGUUUUUCAGGGUCAUUGCCUCUUGAAAAGUCAAAAUCUAAUAAGAAUGCUUCGUCGGCAGUUGAAAAUAUUUCGCUUGAAAAUUUGAAUAAGAAAUAUUAUAAGCCAUUGGGAAAAGUGCCACAGGGACCGUUGGUUAAUUCUAAAAAAAGAAAGCUGGAUUCUAGUAGUAAAAGAUCAGUUAAGAAAACAAAAAUUAAUGCUGCUGGUGAAACUGAAGUUAAAAAGCCUAGAGGUAGACCAAAAAAAAAUUCCGAAAAUAACACUAGCAACUUGGAAGCUUCAGAACCCUUCUCAACUGCUUCUUUAUUACCGGGCAGUGAUAAAUACCAGCUGGAUGAGAGAUCAUCAAAGAUUGAAGCAAUUCCUUCAGAUGAAAGAGAUGAAUUUAAUAUUAAUGGACCCAUAAAUCUAAGUGAAAUACAGUCAAUUGAGCCCCCAGCAGAUUCGAAUUUGAAAUUUCAGAGAAAAAAAGUGAUAUCCUCAAAACAAUCUACACAUUCAGGGUCCUUAAAAGCAAUAAAAAGAAGAACUGAGCUAAUAAAUAUUAUCAAAGAUAUGGGGGGAGUGACAUAUACUACUGCUAAUUUAUGCCGCUUAUUGGAUAAAAGACUUUGCAAUUCAACUAUUACUGAUAAAAAAACCUUAGCUCGAGAUGUAUCAUUGCUAAUAACUAAUGGCGAACUUGAAGUUCAAGAUAUUCAAUUUGUUAGAUCAGGGCAGCCUAUUUCUAGAAAACUAUUGAUUUUGACUUCUCCUGAUCUCAAGCCACUGGAUGACAAGAUUGAGGAGAUGAAACAGCAAUGUUUGAUAGAUAAAGGGUUACGGCCAAACAAUCAAACAAGCAGACGUAUAAUUGAAGGGGAAGUUACUAUAUAUUCUCAGCCUAAAAGACCACCAACUAAGAAAGAAAGAAAAGGUCGUUUGGAAUCGUUAUCUGAAAGAGAUCAGCAUGUAUCUGAGAAUAUCAGAGAAAGCAAUAUUAUCGUUAAAGAAGAGAAUGAAUCAUCUACUAAAGUCGAUGCAAAGCUGACUGAUGCAAAGACUGGAGAUCCUCUUUCAACGCUCGUCUCGUCGAAAUCUAAAAGAAAAAGAAAAGCAACAUCCAAGAAAGGAAGUGGAGCAACUAGUACAUCUAAUACCAAACUUCGUUUGCCUAUUAAGUUCGACAAGUCUGAUGCAACCACUUUAUACAGAGCAGUUGUUAUUUCUCGAACUUUCAAAAGAGGGGCAAUUGAUUUUGAAAAAAUUGCUACAUUGUUUAAAGAUGUAAAUGCUAGUGAAAUUAAACUGAAAUGGACACUGGUAAGAAAACUUGUUGGUGGAUUGGCGGCGGUAAUGAAAGGUAUUUCUUCGUUUGAGUACGUCGUAAUGAGAGGCAUAGAAGAUGGGUUUGUAUCAGCAAAUGAUUUGGAAUCUAAUAAUCUUCAAUUCUUUUUGGAUUUGUGGAGGGAUACAGACAGUUCAAUUUUAGAUGUUGUAGAUAAAUCUCCAUUAUAUGACGCUGUGAAUGAUAAUUUGGAAGAAUAUAUAUUCUCAGAAUCUAGUGAUCACCAGCAAGAUAUAUUUGAACAACUUGAAGAUAAUUCAAUGAGACGAAAAGAAUCAAUACUUUCAAGUACAACUUUCACGUAUAGUAAGAUACCCGAUAUUAAGAAAGAGGAAUAUGAUGAACAGAGAACUGCUUUGAAAGCUAUAUUUGUCACGCCUGAAGAUAAAUUUUCUAGUGAUAGAGUGAACCAAAUAUUAUCCGAAUAUGAUGAUGAGGCUAUAAAAGAGGCGUCUCUAGCUCUUAUUAAAGAUAAAGAACUUUCCCACUCUUUGGAUGAUUCGAACACCAGAUUUAUUUUAACCGAUAAAGUUCACAAUGCCCUUAUCCUGAAAAAUUUUACUAGUAAGUUUUUCAUUCAGGCUGCCGAGUUUAAAAAUAAUAUGUUAAUUAUUUCAGAAGCAUCUAAGGGUCUUAUUUUAUCGCAUGGUAUCCUAAGUGGCCAAAUGGCAACUCUCUUGCAUUUUCUUUCACAGGAAGUUGCUGAUUUAAUUCGUGUAGAUAAGUCGUACACAUUUAAUGGUUAUGAAUCAAGAUUGAUCGAUAAAGAAAAACUAGCUUGUGAUAUUAUUGCAAUCGGUGAUUAUUCAUAUAUGAAAAGAGAGAGUAUUAAGAGUACACCAAUACCAACAGGGAAAGCUUGCUCUCACAUAUGGCUUGAUUUGAAUGGAAACAUUAAUACUCAAAUGUGGACAAAGAUUAUCAUAAGCAUCCUUUAUUAUAUAGUUUUCAGGCCGGGUGUGCCAGAAUUGAUUGUUUAUUCAAAGUUGCGGCCAGUACUUGGAUAUUCAGAUUUUCAUUGUGUUAUGAAGUGGCUUCAGAAAACUAAUUGUAUCCAUAAAGGCAAGAACCAGGGGUAUUGGGUGAAGAAUGAUUGGUUUUCUAUUCUAGGCCAUUGA